CAAACAAAACUCACAAAGCCAAAAAAAAAAAAAAAAAAAAAAAAUAAGAGCGAGAUGAACGGAACUCUGUUUGGUGCAAAACGUUAUACUCUGAGUUUUGAUGGAUCACAUAAUAAUCAAGAUAACAAAGCUGGGGCUGGAUGUAUAAUAAGGGAUAGCCGAGGAGAAUUGGUAAUAGCAGCAGCAUACAAUCUUACGGAAACUUAUCCUCACUACUGCGACGUUGCUAUAGCUGAAGCAGAGGCACUAAAAAACGGCUUAAUUUUGGCCAAACAAAAAAACCUCCAUGUCUAUCUCAUAAAAGGGGACAGCAAGGAGGUCAUUGAUCAUGUACUAGGCAACAGUCGAAGGCCGGCCAGACCCCUUUUAAGUAAGAUCAUUCAACAGAUUGUCGGGAUGUUCGAUCGCUUUUCUCAGGAGAUCGUGCUUGUUGAUAGAAAAGCCAACAAAGUUGCUGAUAAGUUGGCCUUCUGGGGAUCUACCAGCCUUCAAGGGGGUCAUAUGAUUUACACCACUUAUGCUGAUCUUCCUCCACAGGUGGCUGGGCUUAUUAGGCAAGAGAAGUCAGAUAGCAGCACAACAGAAGAUGAAGGAGAGAGCAGUAGCCUGGCCUCACAAUUGGGCAAGGUUGGUGCAGCAGUUGCUGGAGCAGCUGUGGUAGGUUGGGGCGUGUUAAAGCUCUUUAACGAACUCUCCUCUGAUUAUCAACAACAACCUAAGUAUAAAACAAAAUCGCCUUGGAAUUCUAUCGUCGAUACUACCCACAAUCAUUCAUCUGAAUCCUCCCAACAUUUUGAUCAUUAUACCCUCAACUAUAGUGGGUCUGACAUUAAUCAGCUUCAUGAAGGAGGGGCAGGAUGCAUAAUUAGAAACAAACAAGGGGAUCUUGUUAUAGCAGCAGCUUACAACCUUGAUAGUCUCUACUACGAUCAAUUUCAUGUUGCUAGCUAUUGCAGAAGCAAUAGCUUGGAAAAGGGGGUUGGAGUUGGCUAAAACUAAAAAGGUUAAACUUGAUCUUAUAAAAGGAGAUAACGAGGAGGUCAUAAACCGUGUUCGUGGACGAGAGAAGAAGCCCCCCCAAGUCCCUUUAUUAAGUGACUAUAUCAUUGAGAUUAGGGAGGGUCUUAAUGAGCAAUCAAUUGAUCCCGAAAUUCAGGUCAGCCGGAUUAAAAGUGAGGACAACGAAAUUGCUAAUGAACUGGCAUCCUUGGGAUCGAAACUUGAAUCUGGAUUAGUCCAGACUUAUAUGAGUGAUGAAGAGCUUCCUUAUAAGGUAGCAAUGUUGAUUGAGCAAGAUAAAUAUAAAUUGAGAGCACAAAAAUUCCUUAUGUAAUGCUCUAGUACUUUUCUGUGUCGUAUGUGUUCUUAAGGCAUAUACACCUCUACUUAUGUUGAUGAGAACCUUCAAAUAAUUAAUUAGUUAUAAGUGUAUGCUUAUGAGGUGUUUUUAAGGCAUAUAAAGUUCUAGUUAAAAGUAUGUUUGUAUCAAGACAAAAUAUAAGCUUGCUUGUUGUCCUAAUUGAAGAUGUUCUAAAAUCUUGUCUUUCUCA